AUGGCUUGUUUUUUCAGGACCGUUGACAACGGAAUCAAAUUGUCAUCACUUGUGUCUAUCCCCGAUGUCACUGACAUCCCUGCUAUGAACAAGAUCACGUCCAACGAGCUUGAUCGGCUGGUCACUCACGAGGAUACACCAAAGGCCUCACAACCAAUACUAGGACACUUACUCACCCAAAUCUUCCAGUCUUUCACAAUUCCUCUUCCCGAUGUGUCCAACCUUAAAAUACCUUUUGGAAAAAUCCUUCAUCACAACCAGCGCAUCAACGAAAAGUUUAGCAGUACAUCACCAGAUACCCUAGUGCCGCUGUAUGACACUGAAGCGAAGACUUGGAACUGGGCUCUUCCAGUUGACCCCCCAGAAAAUGCGUUUCUCAAUGCUUUUGCUAGUUGCUUUUCACGGUCGUGGUCCGAACUUGUAGCAAUGCGCUUUGCAACCGGCACAUGGAGUGCGGCCAAUGCACAGAAGGCAUUGCCUGGCAGCGCCAUCAAGCGCAAGCCAGAUAUUGUCCUAUCUGACGAUAUAUCUGCCAAGUGGGGAAACAUCAGGAUAUCCACGGCUAUCGUCCCAUCAGAAAUACUCCUGCCCGACGGGAGUAGUACGACAGACCAUGCUGUUACCACAUCGAGCUCUGAUUCUCUUCCAAAUCCUGAUGUAUCAUCCGGCGAAGCUCUUGAAUCGGUCGUCUCCGAUGAUUCUGAUGACUCUGAUGAGUCCUCUAGUGAUUCUGCUCAUGACUCAACUGAAGAGAGUCCGAGCGCCUUGCAUGACUCGAUGGAUGAAGAGAAUUCCUCCCCCCCUCAACCCACUGCAACCCGCAGCGCUCCCCUUCUUAGCCUCAUAUCGCAAAUACCCCAGACUGAGAUGACCGAGAGCAUCUAUUCCAUUCGUGUAGGGGAGAAAAUCUACACCAUAAAGAGGAUUCUUUUUGUGACCCGAGGCCUCGUUGGUCGCGGAACCGUUUGCUAUUUAGUCACCUUGGACAAUGAAGACUACAUCAUCAAAGAUCAUUGGGUUCUGGGCAAGGACGAUAAUGUAGUCCUGAAUGAGAUCAAGAUGCUGGAGUUAAUAGACAACGUCCCUGGCAUUCCAAGGCUGGUGGAUUAUUGGGUUGUUGAGCGGUCAGAUGGUGAGCCCGACAUUACCCGCAAAUAUUGGCACAAGGAACGCAGGAGUACCAGAGGCACCAGUCGUACUCAUGAGUUCGUGCGAGCACUAAGAGAUAUCAUUAAGAUCCUACAAACUGCAGUGGAGGAACGUCAGAUUUUGCAUCGGGACUGUAGUCUUAACAACGCGAUGAUCCUAGACGAGCUUGGCAAGUAG